GGCCGUCCGUAGGGCACGCCAGCCUUGGCGGAAGGCACCGGGCACGAUGACGUCCAAUAAGGUGGCCGAGUAUGCGCGAAAAAUGCGCGAGAAGAAGCUGGCCGAGGAGCAGCAGAAGAGCAAGGAGCGGCGACGACCCAAGGCACAAGCUUCCUCGGGGGGGAGUGCUAGCGGUGGGAGCAGUAGCGGCAGCAGCAGCUUGGACAGCACCGGCGCUCUAUCCGCCAACGGUGGUGCUGGGGGCAGCGGGGGUAAGAAGGCAGGGGCAGCAAGUGCCGGGCCCCGGAAGUUGCCUGCAGCAGCCAGGGGAAGCGGCGGUGGCGGCAGCAGCAGCGGUGGUAGUAGUAGCAGCGGUGCAGCGGAGGAUAGGACCAACAGGGACCGCGCGAAGGCGGCGCUGCAGCAGCAGCGUAGGACUCACGCCAAUGUGCAGACGUUCACGCUGGAUCACUUCGUCCAGGGGGUGGUGGAGUGGGACAUCUUUGGCGAGCUCCACGCGGAGGCCAAUGGGAACAGGCGAGCUCUUGCCUCUUCCUUUGAUUUUUCCUGCCAGUGUUUGGGUUUGGAUGGUGGUGUGGACGCUCCCUUGUUUUUCGGUGCCGUUGUUGCUGCUUGUGUUGAUGUUGGCGGUGCGGGCGUGAGUCCUCUUGUUGCCCUCGUCUGUGGUGAUGACGGCUAA